UCAGGCAGGCCAACGGCUACCACCAAACGGCUCUCUCCGCCCGCGGGUCAACCGCACCUACUAAACAAGAACCCACAUUUCCCCUCCCUCUCCGCCCAAACCCAAGAACCCCAGCAGCGCACACACCACCCGAGAAAAAGCAAGAGAGAACGGGUCCCGAUGACCGGCGAGGUGCUGCACGACCUUCCCCCGGCGGUCGGCGGCGGCAGGGCGGAGAUCGACACCUCGGCGCCGUUCGAGUCCGUGCGCGAGGCCGUCGACCGCUUCGGCGGCAGCGCCGCCUGGAGCUCCCACCUCGUCCGCCGCAUCUUCGCGCACCACAAGAAACAGGACCAGCGUGCGGCGGGGACUGAAGACGACGAGCAGUGCGUCAGCCUGGAGCAGCAGACCGCGCAGCUGGAGAGGGAGCUCGGGGUCAAGGAGAGGGAGACGCUCGAUGUGCUCAAGGAACUGGAGGCCGCCAAGAGGGUUAUCGCGGAUUUGAAGCUCAAGAUACUCAAGAAAACAAUUGAGAUACUGCAGCCUGCAGAACCUGAAGAGAAGCAGCAGCCGGAGGAUAGCUGCUGUAUCACUGAAGUGCACACUGCAGAACAUGAAGGGCAGCAGCCUGAGGGUAACAACUGCUCCAACAGUGAAGUGCCCACGGAAGAACCUGAAGAAAAGAAGCUGUCCGAGGGAAAUGCUGAAGCUGAUGUGGAGAUGUGUGGCGGUCUCAAUGAACAAGAGCAGAAGCCUGAGGACAGCUGCUGUAUCACUGAAGUACCCACGGCAGAACACGGUGAGAAGCUGUUUGCGAGAAAUGCUGAAACUGAUGUUGAGAUGUGUGGCCGUCUCACCGAACAAGAGCAGCACCAUCACCCUGCUGCCUCGGUUCUAAUGGAGCUUGAGCGGGCAAAGUCGAACCUGAACAGAACCACGAGCGAUCUGGCUGCCAUAAGAGCCUCCAUCGAGUCGCUGCGCAACGACAUUCUGACCGAGAAGAUGCUGGUGGAGAGACGCCGAGAGAAGGUGUCCUCUAAUGCCACAUUGGUCUCCUCUCUGGAGGAGGAGCUGGACCAGACCACACAGCAGGUGCAGACGCUCAAGGAUCUGCAGCGAAGGCGCCAAGAUCCCUCGGGCAUUUUCAUCGAGAUCAAGAGGAUGACUUCUGAGAUAGAGCAGCUCAGGAAUGCAGCAAACGCGUCGAAAUCUGAAGCCAUGAUGCUAGCUGCUGAAAUUGAGCAGACGAAGGCUACCAUCGGCACUGCUGAAGUCAGGUGUCUUGCAGCCAAGAAGAUGGAGGAAGCAGCAAGAGCAGCUGAGGCUCUUGCGCUCGCGGAGAUCAAGGCCCUACUAAGCAGCGAAGCCUCGGCUGAAGGUCUCCAGGGCACAGAUGGAGUGGACCUUUCAGUGGAAGAGUACUUUGAGCUGGCUUCGAAGGCUCGAGAGGCCGAUGAAAGCUCAAGGAACAAGGUUGCAGCUGCCAUGGUACAUGUUGAUGAAGCCAACCAAUCAAAGUCAGAGUCACUCACAAGACUAGAGGAAGCCAAACUGGAGGUUGAGGAAUGCAAGAGAGCACUACAAGAGGCCCUGAAGAGGGUUGAUACCGCCAACCGAGGGAAGUUUGCAGCGGAAGAGACCCUUCUCAGAGGGCGAUCUGAGAGUGGACACAAGAGGCGCUCGCUCCGUGGCUCUCCCAAGUUCAAACAUGCAGCACAUCGUCACAAAGAUUCUCGUUGCACGGAUAUCGUUGAUGUUUCAAGCAACUCCCUGAAGCCGACGCUGUCCAUCGGGCAGAUACUGAGUAUGAAGCUAAUGGGGCCUGAUGGGUAUGACAAAAGCGUUUCGGAUGACACGAGCGAAACUUCUAAUGUCUCCCUUGGUCAGAUCCUGAACAGAAGGCAGGCGAUCUUGUAUAACAGUGAUACAAGUGCUAACAAGAAAUUCUCUGGAAAGAGGAAGAAGUUUGCCUUCACUGGACUUUCAGUUUUCUUGGCAAAACAAGCCAAGAGCAAGAAGAAGAGAGGAUCCGAUUAAAAGUGAUGUUAACUUUGCAGCAACCAUAUUAGCUAGUUACUGAGUAUUGUGACACCUAUUUCCAUGUCCCAUGUUUCUGUACAAUGUUCGUAGGAGUAUAUGUUUGUAUGUCCAUGUGUGUCAGGCUAGCAUCUGCUGACUGAUGUUGCUGGUUAGGGUAGUUAGAUUAGUAUCAUGCCGCUCUAUGAAAAUGGAAGACAUCAGUUCAGUUAGCUUAAUUUGUAUCAUGACUACCCUCUGGACAUGAAACACAUCGGUCCAGUUUGCUCUCUGCCCUGUGGACAUGGAACUAUGGAAGUCAUUGAUUUUUAGUAUCCUGAUAUCUUCAGGCAAAACCCUUCUUA